AUGGUUGCCAUCGGUAAACAGCGGCAAGAAGAUGUUUCUGACCCUAUGCUUGCUGGUCUCCUUGAAGAUGACCAUACCCCUUGGUACCACAAGCAGAAACUUCGCUCGCUAUAUCUGGUCCUAUUCCCUGCUGCCAUGGGAAUUGAAAUGACGUCUGGCUUUGAUUCGCAGAUUAUCAAUACGGUGCAGAUUGUACCCUCCUGGAAUAAGUACUUUGGCUCACCAACCGGCCAUCUCAAAAAUGGAGUCCCGGAAUAUGUGAUAGAUCCCCAGUUGAAAGGAUUUCUUGGGGCUGCAUAUUCGCUCGGGGCAAUCUGUGCUUUGCCGUUUAUUCCUUGGGUAAAUCAGCGAUUUGGAAGACGAUGGACUAUCUUUAUCGGAUCAAUGAUUAGUCUAGUCGGUGCUUUAAUCCAAGGAUUUUCCAACGGAGUGGGAAUGUAUAUCGUUGCCCGUCUUCUCCUUGGUUUCGGUAUCCCCUACUGCAUUGUAGCAGGCUCAGCGUUGAUCGGUGAACUGGGCUAUCCCAAAGAACGACCAUUUCUUACUUCUCUUUUCAAUUCAUCCUAUUUCAUCGGUCAAAUCAUUGCAGCCUCAGUUGGACUUGGGACCGUGACUAUUGCUGGUAAUUGGGCGUGGAGGAUUCCUUCAUUAUUGCAGAUUGCACCGGCAUGCGUUCAAAUUGCAACUGUCUUCUUCCUCCCUGAAAGCCCCCGGUAUCUCAUCAGCAAAGAUCGCUACGAUGAAGCCCAGGCAAUCCUAGUCAAAUACCAUGCCGAGGGCGACGCUAAUUCUCUCUUCGUCAAAGCUGAAUUGGCACAGAUAGAGAAAUCAAUAAAACUUGAGAUGGAAGAUUCCAAGCAGAGUUGGUUCGAUGUGUUUAAGACACCUGGGAUGAGGAGGCGUUUGUUUAUUACUGCUUUCUUGGGGCUGUUUACGCAAUGGAGUGGAAAUACUUUGAUUUCGUACUACUUAAGCGACAUACUCAAUCUCAUUGGCAUCACAGACAGUGUAGUCAAAUCUAAAAUCAACAUCGGCAUCGCCUGCUGGGGUCUAGUCACCGGAACAACAGCUGCCCUAUUGGCACCACGAUUCAGACGCAGACCAAUCUAUCUCCUGGGCGCUUGUAGUCUAUUGACCGUCUAUGUUGCGUGGACAAUCUCCAUGGAGAGGUUCAUGGUUACAAAGAGUCAUGCUGCUGCCAUAGCAACCAUUUUUUUCAUUUUUGCUUAUCAACCAGCUUAUAAUCUUGGAUAUAAUGCUUUAACAUACACAUAUCUCGUCGAAAUAUUCCCCUACAUGAGCCGUUCUCGCGGUAUCGCCUGGUUUCAAUUCUAUGGCCGCGGUGCAGCGUUCUUCGCGACAUAUGUGAACCCUAUCGGACUGGCACGUAUUGCCUGGAGAUGGCUAAUAGUGUAUUGCUGUUGGCUGAUAUUUGAAAUCGUUUUUAUUUUCUUCUUCUUUCCCGAAACGGCAGGGAGAACUUUGGAAGAGCUUUCAUUCUUAUUCGAAGGAAAAGAAAAAGCAAAUGAAGUCACAAAUGCAACCGCGACCAAGAUUCUGGAGGAGACUAAUGAGAAGAAAGCUCUGGACGCUACGCAUAUUGAGGUCAUGGAGGUGAAAAGGGCUGUAUAA